AAUCAACGCUGUCUUGGAGAAUUCGGUGUUUGGACACUGCAUAGCUAAGUUGAGCGAGCUCGCACCUCCUCUCUCUCUCUCUCUCCCCGCUCCGCCUUUCUCCGCGUCCUAGGCAUUCUCACCUCCGUCCUUCUUUUAUCUUCUAUAUUUUCACCGCCAACGAUCCUGGCGGUGCUUUUAGGAGGAUUAACCAGUAAGCCGACUCAAAAGAAGUAGUGGUGGGGGUGCUAAUGGCGGCCACGGCAGCCUCCGACAUCACCGACGGUCCUGUCCUCAGCCUUAUUAACAAGCGUAUCCGUGGCCUCCGCAAGAAAUACAAUCGUAUUUUGCAGAUGGAAGAGUCUAUUUCUCAGGGCAAAUCAAUCAACAAGGAGCAAGAAGAAGUCCUUCGUUCGAAACCCACCGUUUCGGCUCUUAUCGACGAGCUGGAGAAAUUGCGCCAACCUCUUUCCUCUGCCGUGAAGAAAGAAGUCCAUCUUGCCCUUCAGAAUAAUCAAAUCUUCCUGGCUUCCCAACCACUUGAAGAAAAUCACCAGAAAUCCGACGAACCAGAGUCUAAGAAAGAAGACUUGGACCACGUUGUGUUGGAAGAUAUUAUUAAUCUGCUCUAUUUUGGGUCCUUGUUUGAUGUGAAGUCGCAGAAUGAUUUCACCUCGACGAUGCUGACGAGAACUCAUGAGCGAGGAUGUUGCUUGACCUACGAUUAUGUGACCGAUGACGCCACCGAUCUACUUGGAGAGAAGGAUUUGGAUUUGAUUGCUAUGCUCGGUAGUCAAUUAAUGUCGCGGCCUGCAGAUUCAAGUUUAUCCCACAAAAACGCACUGCAGCAGUGCGUAGAGCACGCAAAGCUAUGGCUCGCGAGGGCAGAGCAGCCCAUUGAGCCGAAUGUUGAUGUUACGUAUGCGAAUUUGAGGGAGAAGUUGAAUAAGAUCAUGUCUUCAGAAUACUUCACCACCUCCCCUGAGAUGAAAGCUCCGGUUGAAGUUGCUGCUGCUGCGGCGGCUGGAAACUACGCUUCUUUCCAAGUGCCAGUACAUGAUACCAUGGUAGCUGCUUCAGUUCCCGUGGAAGUGGAUGGUGUGAUUUCUCAGUCUCAGGAAAAGGAUGAAGGGACAGCAGAUUUUCAAGGACAUGAAUCUGGAGAUGAUCAGGCUUUUCCUGAUGGGGAGCUGCAGAAGGAAGAAGUAGAAAUAGGAGCAGAGAAUGCUUCUGAGGUAUUGUUGUCAGUUCAACCAGAAUAUAUCAGCAACACAGGGUCUGAGCAUGAUGAGAGGGAGCAUGAUUCAAGUGAUGCAAAGGAGAAACAGUAUUUCACCCGAAGAUCUUACCCGAAUCAAAGAGGCAACCGUCGUGGUGAUGGCGGUCGGAGGGGUUAUUCAAAUGUGCGUGCAGGUCGAGGUCAAGGUAGCUAUCAAAAUGGGCGCAACCAAUAUUAUGACCAGCCUGGAGAUUAUUAUCCUCAGAACUAUAACUACCGGGGAAGAAACGGCAGAGGUGGUGGUAACUCUUACAAGCACCAUGGAUCUGGUGGUCAAGUCAACGAUGUUUCAGCUGAUGUGGGAGUUGGAUCAUGAUCGAGCUCUUAGUAUUUAUUGCUCCCUAUUAUAUGUAAGGAUAUCUUUUAUUCACCUUCAGCGGCCCCCCCCCUCCCAAAAAAAAAAAAAAAAAAAAAUUGGAACACUAUAAUUCACCUGAUAUGGAACACGAUGUGAAGAAUUUUCUCGACCAAUUCUGCCAUUUUUGCAGUCUGGUUAGUAGUCGAGACUGAUGUCUAAAAUACUGGAAGAAUCUAGUUGCAACAUAGCGUAUAGGGUCUCUA